AUAUGGACGAAACUUCAUAGACAGUAUACUACGCAUCCAGUGGCAUAUUUAUCUGUGUGUGUAUCCUGUGUUGCCCUGUGAAUCAUCGGGAAUGGAGUCCACUCAGGAAUUUAAGGAGACCACAGCUGUGAACCUGGGCGCCCUCCUAGACGCGGGGGACGGAGCCGUGGUGAUUCUGGCGGCGGGCGACACCCGUCUCGUGGUGCACAGGGCCGUACUGGCCGAUAGGAGUCCCGUGUUCGCCGCGAUGUUCCGGCACGAGACGCUGGAGGCCAGCAGCGGCCUGGUCACGAUUCCAGACGUGGAGGGCGCGGUGCUGCGCCAGCUGGUCGCCUACCUCUACACCCUCCAGGCCCCUCAGCUGCCCGGCAUGGCCGCCCAGCUGCUGGUAGCCGCAGAAAAGUACGGCUUGCUGGUGCUGAAGGCUCACUGCGAGCGCCAGGUGGCCGCGCAGCUGUCAGUCGAGAAUGUGGCGACCACAGCCGUUCUCGCAGUCAGGCACUCCGGGGCCAGCCUCACAAAGGCCGCCGUAAACUUCAUGAAGGCCCACCUGGUUCCAGUGAUGGCGACGCAGGGCUGGGCUGACGCAGUCCGCUCCCAGCCAGAAGACGUGGUCCAUGUCAGUCGGCUGCUCUCAGAGCUACCAGCAGAAACCAGGAGCCUUUGUACAAAAGAGAAGGACAGGAGACUAAUCAAGGCAGCUAAGCAGGGGACCGUGGAUGAUGUGCGGACGCUGCUCGCAGCAGGGGCGGAUGUGGGGGCGAGAGAAGAGUACGGCACCAGGAGAACCGCCCUGCAUUAUGCAGCAGCAGAGGGACACGUCGAGGCUGCGAGGUGUUUGGUAGAGGCUGGCGCAGAAAUGGGUGCCAGGACGUCCCGUGGGAACACGCCUCUGCACAGGGCUGCCUGGAACGGCCACGCAGCAGUGGUGCGGCUGCUGACGGCGUCUUCCGCCGACCCCAACGCCUGGAGUGAGGGCGGGUGGACGCCACUGCACGAUGCGGCGUUCAAUGGCCACGCGCAGGCGGCGACUGCACUGCUGCAGGCAGGGGCCGACCGGAGAGCCAGAAAUAAUGAAGGCAAGACGGCACUCGACCUCGCCUGGGAGAAGAACCAUCAGCAGCUGAUAGAAAUUCUAAGAUGAAGCCAGCAGUCCGAAAAAUAAGUCUGAAAAGAACAUUUUUGGUUAUUUUUUAGUUGAAGAAUACAAUAAACGUUAAUUAUGCAGUUA